AUGGAGCACCUCCAGGGAGCGUGGAAGACCCUGAGCAACGGCUUUGGAAUGAAGGACUCUGUGUUCGACGGCCCCUGUCUCUCCCCCACCAUGGUUCAGGGCUUUCCCUACCAGCGCCGCGCCUCAGACGACAGCAAGAUCCCCGACUCUAAGACCAGCAGCACCAUCCGAGUCUACCUCCCCAACCAGCAGCGCACCGUGGUGAGUCUAAUGGAAUAGUAAUAUUAAUGUUACAACUAACAGUACAUUUCAUUUGAAGAGCCUUUCAAAACACCCAAAGACACUGUACACAUGGACACAUAAGGAAAACAGUAGUUCAGAGGACAGUGAGUGAGUGGGAUUAUGGAAACAACAACACAUUGUUGCACUGCUGUUGUUUUGAGUGCUUAAUUACCUGAAUCAUCUAAGUCUGUUGGUGGAAAAUUGCUGCCUAGAUUGAUUGUCACCAUCAUACACAGACCAAAGGGUAUACCAUUAUCCCAAAUCAUCCCAUUAUCCCAAAAGGUAAUAUAUUAUGCACAUGUUUGUGUUUUAACUAGUCACAGUAUGUGUUGUUGUUGUUAAGUGUGUUUGUUGUGGUCCCCCAGGUGAACGUGAGGCCAGGUAUGACCCUGCACAGCUGCCUGAUCAAAGCGCUGAAGGUGCGGGGUCUGCAGCCGGAGUGCUGUGCUGUCUUCAGACUGCACCCAGGACAGAGGAGGUACGCACUAGGCACUGGAGGGGGAGAUCAGAGGGGUGUCACAGGGUCAGAUAUUAUUUCACCCAUCUAAUAUCUAAAGCUAGGAUUGGGAGUGGGGCAAGCUGAUCCUAGAUCUGUGGUUAGGGGCAACUUCUACCUUGUUUAAUUUUUUCAACGAUGUGGUUAAACUUUGCUGCAAAAAGCUUUCAACAGCUAUUCCACCUUUCAGGUAGAUGUGUUGAAUGACCUUUUCUUGUAAAGGUUAGUUGUCUAGGUCUGUACUCUCCAGUAGAUGUUACCUUACAAAAUGUGUCAUGUCCCUUUUCUAACAGUAAAAAGUCACGUAUGGAUUGGAAUACCGACUCUACCUCACUAAUUGGGGAAGAACUGCUGGUGGAAGUUUUAGAUCACGUCCCCUUGACGACGCACAACUUUGUAAGUAGCCCAUAAAUCAUUUUACACCAUUCACCCAGGCAGUUAGCAUUGACUGGAAAAUAAAUAAAUAUUGAAUUCUCCUCUUUAACUUUCAGGUUCGGAAAACAUUUCUUAAGUUAGCCUUCUGCGAUAUAUGCCAGAAGUUCCUUUUGAAUGGUUUCCGUUGCCAAACAUGCGGCUACAAAUUCCAUGAGCAUUGCAGCACCAAAGUGCCCACGAUGUGUGUGGAUUGGAGCAACAUCAGACAGCUCCUGUAAGUCUCCUCUCCUCUACUGUGCAGAGCAAAACAAAAUGUCUGCCAACACCUAACUGUUUGUAUUGAAUAGCAAGAACACUUACAAAACAAUAUGAAUGUUAAGUACAACUAUAUAGCAAUCAGUGAAUAAAUAAUGUUAUGAAUAGGGGAUAAAUAAGAUAAAUUAAUGUACUGCUCUCACAGUCUGCAUUAUUCAUAGAUAUUCUGAACAAAUAGAUACAAAUGACGAGUUCUACAAAUGAAAUAUCCAAUUGCUGUGAACGGUGUUGUCAGGUUAAGGUAACCUCUGUUUAUAUUGUUCCUGUAGUAGAGGAGUUCAUAGGGACACAGUUUAGCAUACAGGCACUGAAAAUAUAUCAUUGUUUUGCAUGCAGGUUUUAGAACUCCAUAUUUCAUCAGUAAGCAUUUGUAGAUGGCUAUCACUGAUAAUGAAGAGAUACAUGUCAUUUUAUCUGGCAACCUUCCAUGGUGCUUUCUUUAUCCUGAAGUAUUUUAAACAGAUCUAUCUGUCUGUCUCUGUCUCUGUCUCUGUCUUUUUCUUUCUUGUUCUCUCUCUCUCUCUCUCGCUCUCUCUCUCUCUCUCUCUCUCUCUCUCUCUCUCUCUCUCUCUCUCUCUCUCUCUCUCUCUCUAGGUUGUUCCCUACAUCAGGUGAAAGUGGGGGUCCAUCUCUUCCUCCUCUUACAUCUCGACGAAUGAGAGAAUCACUAUCCCGAUUCCCUAGCAGGUACGGCCACCCCUCCUGCUCCUGACCUCUGACCUAACACCUCUGACCCCUGAAUGAUAUUGGUCCCAUGGGCCACUUUCACCAUAGUACUGUGAGCAAGGCUAUCUCCAGGCAGCAACACAGCAUCAGCAAUCAGACAACUACAGAAGUUGAGUAAAAGUCUUCCAAUUGACUUACUAUUUAACAUAGACUAAGGGUUGCGUGCGGUAGUAAUUGAUUUAACUACAGUACGGUAAGGUGAGGUAAGUACUUUGGCUCUUGGAGGUAAUGGUGGCCAAAUGCUAAGGGUUCUUUGAUUGCCAUGCUUGACUGGCCCUCAGCUGAUGCAGCUGUACGUUGUAAAGCACUUUAACUUGGGCCUCAAACUGAAUUAAAGCCUGUUUUUGAUUACGUCUCCAGCUUUAUGAAGCUUUCCCUGUCCAGGGGGCUGAUGUAAGCAGAGGUGUGAAAAAAGCCUGUGGUUCCAGAAGCAUUUAUAACAGUUUAAAGCACUCAGAUCGCCAAAUUAGCUCAUACACAUUAUCAAGUUGUUCCUUGCAGAACAAUCUAAAAUGCUCUUUCGAAACAAAUUCCUGUUUUGGCCAAAAGGGGGAUUUGUUCUCAUAGAGUGCUUUACACGGUUAGAAGUGUGGUGUAAUUAAGCAAUAAGGCCCAAGGGCGUGUGGUAUAUGGCCAAAAUACCACGGCUAAGGGCUGUUCGUUGCGUCAGCCCUUAGCCGUGGUAUAUUGGCAAUAUACCACAAACCCCAGAGUUGCCUUAUUGCUAUUAUCAACUGGUUACCAACGUAAUUAGAGCAGUAAAAAUAAAUGUUUUGUCAUACCUGUGGUAUACAGUCUGAUAUACCACGACUGUCAGCCAAUCAACAUUCAGGGCUUGAACCACCCAGUUUAUAAUACAGUAUAAGCGCUGUUGUGGUACAUCACUCACAGGGAGUGCCACUUUCACUAGCAACCGACAAUACAGUACACGAGACUGUCCAGCAGCAGUGUACCAGGGUUUAUGACGCAACAUGUCAGAAAUGAAACUGACAAACUGCCGUCCACCACAACCCUGUGAGACUAAUUUGAAGAAGUUUCUGAAUUAUAUUAUGUGCGAAGUUUUCCCUAACAAGAACUGAUGGUGUAUGUAGAAUGUGUAAGCAUUAACAGAGCACCUCAAUGGUAUCUAUCUGAGGACUAUCUAAGACUUACAGAAACAACAAUAGUAAUAAUUCAAUCAUGGUAAUACUAUUUGAUCUUUGAUAAUCCAAACAAUUGUCAUGAGAAAACCAUUACACUAUUAUACCUUGCGAAAGACUAUUGUCCUGUCCAGGGGGCCCUGUGAUAGACUAGCGUCCUGUCCAGGGGGUGUACUUAACUACAUCAAGCUGCCUCACAAUACUGAAACAGGAGAUGCUUAUAUGAGCCGUACCGGCUCGCACAAGCCAAGGCGGUGUCCCAACACCUAAGCCUGAUGUUGCCCCUGUGUUCAUCCCCCAGCUCUCUGCACCGCUACUCCACCCCUCACGCCUUCAACUACACGGCCCCCUACCCACCCACAGGGGGCACUCUGUCCCAGAGGCAGCGCUCCACCUCCACGCCCAACGUCCACAUGGUCAGCACCACCCUGCCCGUCGACAGCAGCAUGAUCGAGGUAACAACACACCACAUGGGCCCCCAGGGGACUCCUGGAGGUCCAGGCAGCCCUUCUGAAAAUAACCUCCCUGCCCGAUCUGGCCCUUCUUACAUGCCAGGAAUCCCAACCAGCCUCCUCUGCCCCACUUCUGUCUACCGUCCUUCCCCCUUACGUUUUCUAUUAAGUAAUCCAUCUUGCAUGAUUACAAUUUACUUUCCAUGAUUUUCUUGAUUGUGUUCUAUUCUCUUUGUUCGAUAUCACUUUUUAUAUCCUGCACUUACUGUAUUCCUUUCUGAUUCGUUUUUUAUGUUUCCAUACCCGGGUGUAUUUGGAAAAAUUAUAACUUGAAUGCUGUAUCUAAUAUGCCCACAAAAUUGAACACCCGGGUAGCACUCUAUCUCUCCUCCCUUACCUUCCUUUACUCUGUCUCCCUUUCCUUCCCUGUCCUCACUGUCCCACUGUGUCGUGCCCUGAUUGGGAGUAGCUAGAUUGCCUGAAUGCCUCCCCUAGCUCCUGGUGCAGGCGCUUCUGGCUGAAGAGGAGAGUAGGUAUUGUUCGCUUCUCCAACUCUUUUCUUGAGGCGACGUCAGAGAGCCCAGCCAAGGUUAGGAGGCAGAGUGUCUGAGUGUUGUGUGAUAAACAACAUGGCAUGCCUUUCAACAGACUAGUAUACACAUGUUUUUACAGUUUCUGAAUUAUCAAACUGUUGAAUGACUAGUGUUCAUUUGAUAUUUGUAAAAAUGUGACAGAAUAUUUUCUCUUUUGUUUUUGUAGGAGGCAAUGCGUAAUCAUGAAGCAAUGCGUAAUCAUGACUCGGGUAAGAUUUUCGAAAGUUUCUGCUAAGCUAAAGGAAACAUGUAUAACAUCCCACAACAACAUUUUUCUGUCAUAACCUGGUGUGCCGAAUACUGUUGGUCCAUCUUCCCUCCCUAGACGGGAGUUCCCCCAGCCAGAGUCCCACAAGCUGGUCUCAGUCUAAAACCCCAGCGCCAGACAGACGAGAAAGGGCUCCGUCAUUCAACGCUCAGGAGAAACACAAAAUAGUAAGUUAGACAGCCCCUGUAGCCUGUACAGUGACUGUGAGUUAAUAGCAUCUUAAUAGUACUUUUAAUUCCUAGGAAUAUCUGCAUACGUGUAUUGAAUGUAAGAUCUACUGUAUAUAGAGAAUGUGGCCUUAUAUUGACUAUCCUCCUCCAGCGUCCGAGGGACAAGCGGGACUCUAGUUACUACUGGGAGAUCGAGGCAAGUGAAGUGGUGCUGCACUCCUGUAUCGGCUCAGGCUCCUUCGGAACGGUAUACAAAGGGAAAUGGCACGGUGAGCAUGCUUCUGGAUAAACACAAUUAUUUUAACACUUGGUUUGUUGGAAGCUGUUUCUUCUAACCACCCCACGAGUUUAACACUUGUGCUGAGUCUAGUCUACUUGGCAAUUAUCUUCACCUCUUCUCUGUUGUGUAGUUUGUUGAGAGAAGAUGGCCACACAGCAGCUAAGGAAGUUUCCUUACCACAUGUUGUUUGUCUGUUGUAGGUGACGUAGCGGUGAAGAUCCUAAAGGUGAUUGACCCCACACCGGAACAGUUCCAGGCCUUCAGAAACGAGGUGGCUGUGCUUAGGUAAGAGAGGGUGAGAGUAGUGAAGAGGACUAUGGUGAUACCCAUAUUGUAUUCAGGGUAUUUACUUUAGAGACAGCAAUAAGUUGACCCUAUAAUGUGUUUAUUGUUGAUAGCAUCAUGCAGCGUUAUCUCUCUCUCUCUCUCUCUCUCUCUCUCUCUCUCUCUCUCUCUCUCUCUCUCUCUCUCUCUCUCUCUCUCUCUCUCUCUCUCUCUCUCUCGCUCGCUCUCUCUGGCCACAGGAAAACGCGACACGUCAACAUCCUGUUGUUCAUGGGCUACAUGACGAAGGACAACCUGGCCAUCGUGACCCAGUGGUGUGAGGGCAGCAGCCUCUACAAACACCUCCACGUCCAGGAGACCAACUUACAGAUGUUCCAGCUCAUAGACAUCGCCAGGCAGACAGCUCAGGGCAUGGAGUGAGUCCAUACAGCAGGGACAAGCUUAGGUGUAGAAUGGUGCUACUGCUAGCUGUAUAAGGAUGCUAGUUUUACAAGGAUGCUAACUUUAAAUCAACGCUAUAGAAGGGUGAUAGCUUUAGAAGGAUGCUAGAUUGAGAAAGAUGCGAUUUUCUUCUCUUUUAUAUUUUUUACAUGCAACUGAAAUGUCCUAAAAUACAAUUUUCACUGUAUUUCUCUUUCAGCUAUUUGCAUGCCAAAAACAUCAUCCACAGGGACAUGAAAUCAAACAGUAUCCUUUUCUUCAUACUUUUUCACGCUCUGUCACUCUGUUGUGACAAAACUGAAUAAAAAAUGGUGUCGGCUUGAAAUUAGACAGAUUAUGUAUGAGCGCAGAUAUUUAGUUUUUUCCACAGACUCAGCAGUCUCUGCCACAGCUCUGCCUUCUUGACAGCAGUACAGAUAUCUUCCUACACGAGGGCCUGACGGUGAAGAUUGGAGACUUUGGUCUGGCCACGGUCAAAGCCAGGUGGAGUGGAUCUCACCAGGUGGAGCAACCCUCAGGGUCCAUACUGUGGAUGGUCAGUAACAGGACAUAGAAAAGUUCAUUGUGCAUUUAUUGUGUGUUUGACUCGACUCUGUUGAAAAUGACACAAAAUGAAACUGAGAAGUUACCACCCAUAAGACCCAUAUGAGAAGUUGAUUCAUUAUGGGUUUCAGAUUUACUCAUUAUGGUUCCCGGAAUUGUAAAUGAUAUCAAUUUAAUCAUGUUUGUCUGUUUUUCCAUCCUCUGUUCUCAGGCUCCCGAGGUUAUCCGGAUGCAGGACAAUAUGCCCUAUAGUUUCCAGUCUGACGUGUACUCUUACGGUGUUGUUCUCUAUGAGCUGAUGACGGGAGAGCUGCCAUACUCACAGAUAGCCAACAGAGACCAGGUAAACGCAGCCUGCCACACAGCCAUCUCUAAAACCAUGGUACUUUGACCUGUCCUGCCAUGUUUGAGUUUAAAAUAAUCAAAUAUAACUAGGAUUGUAGGAUCCAGUUUCAGCCACGUGGUCUGUAUUUCCCUGGCCUGGGUUCCAGUGUGUGUGUGUCAGCCAGAGGGUUAGAGGGGCUCUGUGUCACUGGCUGGCUGACUGUUUGUUGUAGCACUGUAGCUCUUUCUAUCUAGUACCUCGCUCUCUCUUUCCUCUCUCGUCUCUCUUUCUCCUAUCUCUGUCUCUCUCUCUCUCUCUCUCUCUCUCUCUCUCUCUCCUCUCUCUCUCUCUCUCUCUCUCUCUCUCUCUCUCUCUUUCUCUUGCUCUCUCAAAUUCCAAUAGCUUUAUUGGGAAGCUACAUAUUGUGUAAAUAUUGCCAAGGUGUCAAUGUAGACAAUAUACACUGAGUGUACAAAACAUUAGGAACACCUUCCUAAUAUUGAGUUGCACCCCCUUUUGCCCUCAGAACAGACUCAAUUCGUCAGGGCAUGAACUCUACAAGGUGUCGAAAGUGUUCCACAGGAAAGGUGGCCCAUGUUGACUCCAAUGCUUCCCACAGUUGUGUCAAGCGGUCUUCCGAGUGGCGCAGUGGUCUAAGUGCUAGCUGUGCCACUAGAGAUCCUGGUUGGAAUCCAGGCUCUGUCGUAACUGGCCGUGACCGGGAGACCCAUGGGGUGGCGCACAAGUCAUCCAGGGUAGGGGAGAGAAUAGCUGGCAGGGAUGUAGCUCAGUUGGUAGAGCAUGGUGUUUGCCAUGCCAGGGUUGUGCGUUCGAUUCCCACGGGGGGGGUGGGGGGGCAGGGGGGGGGGGGCAGGGGGGGGCAGUAUGAUAAAAAAAAAAAAAAAUGUAUGGACUCACUGACUGUAAGUUGCUCUGGAUAAGAGCGUCUGCUAAAUGACUAAAAUGUAAGUUGGCUGGAUGUCCUUUGGGUGGUGGAUCAUUCUUGAUAUAUAAGGGAGACUGUUGAGCGUGAAAAACCUAGCAGCAUUGCAGUUCUUGACACACUCAAACUAUAUUUAAAUAUUUUCCCGGUAUUUUACAAAUAUUCCAUCCUGAGAAUAAAUCACUUUUCUCUGGUAACCCAGUGUUUGCCGCCAAAGCUUUGAUUAGAGUUUUGAUCUGCAUGAAAAUUCAAACCUGAUGCUACCUGAGCCUAAUGAGCUAUAUAUUAAAUACAUUAACGAUAUUUAAUGAGCCCAAGCCCACAAAAACCCAAAUUAAUGUGCCAUUAUCCAAUACAUAUAUGAUAUAGGCUACUGCACAGAAAAACAGAAAAGCCCAUAGAUGUAGCUAGCUAUAUGCUCUCUUGGGUAAAUAAAUUAAACUAGCUCCAGUAGGCUAAUCUUAUUGAGUAUGAACUGUAUUACUGUACAGUAGUGUAUUAUACUGUAUUAUAUGGACUGGAAUUACGCACAUUGUUCAAACCAUAAUAAAGCAGAAGAGAACAUGCGAUUCUGGUGCAGCACUUGCAGCCUACAAAGUUACAAGUACAGUUGAAGUCGGAAGUUUACAUACACCUUAGCCAAAUACAUUUAAACUCUGUUUUUCACAAUUUCUGACAUUUAAUCCUAGUAAAAAUUCCCUGCCUUAGGUCAGUUAGGAUCACCAUUUUAUUUUAAGAAUGUGAAAUCUCAGAAUAAUAGUAGAGAGAAUGAUUUAUUUUAUUUAUUUCAUCACAUUCCCAGUGGGUCAGAGGUUUACGUGCACUCAAUUAGUAUUUGGUAGCGUUGCCUUUAAAUUGUUUAACUUGGGUCAAACAUUUCGGGUAGCCUUCCACAAGCUUCCCACAAUAAGUUGGGUGAAUUUUGGCCCAUUCCUCCUGACAGAGCUGGUGUAACUGAGUCAGGUUUGUAGGCCUCCUUGAUCGAGCACACUUUUUCAGUUCUGCCCACAAAUGUUCUAUAGGAUUGAGGUCAGGGCUUUGUGAUGGCUACUCCAAUACCUUGACUUUGUUGUCCUUAAGCCAUUUUGCCACAACUUUGGAAGUAUGCUUGGGGUCAUUGUCCAUUUGGAAGACCUAUUUGCGACCAAGCUUUAACUUCCUGACUGAUGUCUUGAGAUGUUGCUUCAAUAUAUCCACAUAAUUUUCCUUUGUCAUGAUGCCAUCUAUUUUGUGAAGUGCACUAGUCCCUCCUGCAGCAAAGCACCCCCACAGCAUGAUGCUGCCACCCCCGUUCUUCACGGUUGGGAUGGUGUUCUUCGGCUUGCUAGAUACCCCCUUUUCCUCCAAACAUAACGAUGGUCAUUAUGGCCAAACAGUUCUAUUUUUGUUUAAUCAGACCAGAGGAAAUUUCUCCAAAAAGUAUGAUCUUUGUCCCCAUGUGCAGUUGCAAACCGUAGUCUGGCUUUUUUAUGGCGGUUUUGGAGCAGUGGCUUCUUCCUUGCUGAGCGGCCUUUCAGGUUAUGUCGAUAUAGGACUCGUUUUACUGUGGAUAUAGAUACUUUUGUACCUGUUUCCUCCAUUAUCUUCACAAGGUCCUUUGCUGAUGUUCUGGGAUUGAUUUGCACUUUUCACACCAAAGUACGUUCAUCUCUAGGAGACAGAACGCGUCUCCUUCCUGAGCGGUAUGACGGCUGCGUGGUCCCAUGGUGUUUAUACUUCUGUACUAUUGUUUGUACAGAUGAACGUGGUACCUUCAGGCGUUUGGAAAUUGCUCCCAAGGAUGAACCAGACUUGUGGAGGUCUACAAUUUAUUUUCUGAGGUCUUAGCUGAUUUCUUUUGAUUUUCCCAUGAUGUCAAGCAAAGAGGCACUGAGUUUGAAGGUAGGCCUUGAAAUACAUCCACAGGUACACCUCCAAUUGACUCAAAUGAUGUCAGUUAGCCUAUCAGAAUCUUCUAAAGCCAUGACAUAAUUUUCUGGAAUUUUCCAAGCUGUUUAAAGGCUCAGUCAACUUAGUGUAUGUAAACUUCUGACCCACUGGAACUGUGAUACAGUGAAUUAUAAGUUAAAUAAUCUGUCUGUAAACAAUUGUUGGAAAAAUUGCUUGCGUCAUGCACAAAGUAGAUGUCCUAACCGACUUGCCCAAACUAUAGUUUGUUAACAAGAAAUGUGUGAGUGGUUGAAAAACAAGUUUUAAUGACUCCAACCUAAGUGUAUGUAAACUUCCGACUUCAACUGUAUAUGCUAGCGAAUUUGAUUGGGCCUAUUUGUAUAAUUAGUAGGCUGACGCAUAUAUACCUUUCAUAAUAUUUCCCCUAAUGUUAUUAGCCUACCUCCUCUUUUUCUCUCUAUUGUUGCUUCAUUCCUUCCUCGCUUUUAACACUUAAAUGAAAUACGUUUCGUUGUCCUUAUCUUCAUCAUUCUAAUGACAUCCUUGAAUAAUAUAGAACUAGAAUUAGAUGCAGAAGGCUUUAACUUCUCUUUAUGAAGAUUCUGAAUAAAACACUGCUAUAGCCUACCGCCAUCGUGCAUUCGCUCUUUUUUCAAACUACCCAUGAGUUCUAUUGGCUGCUGUAUUUAACAAUUAGCAAAAAAGAGCAUGCAUCCCUCUUUGAAUAGUCUAUUGGUAUAAGAAAUGCUAAAAUGAUCAUGUCCAGCAAUCUAUUCUAGUCUAGCAUGGGACUCCAAGAGCUAAGGAGUGUUUUGUAAGGAGAGGCCAGUGGAGCACAGGUUAAAGCUUAUUAUGCAUAAGCCAUCAUUACUUAGCUAAAUAUAAGGCUAAUAGUGCAUUGAAUGUGUUACCUGAAAGAGGUAGGCUAGGACAUCAACAUAUAGGGUUAUAUAUCAAUCUAGAACAGGAUUAUCUAUUUUGGAUGCAAUUUGAAUGGAGUUGAUGGAGAGAAAGAAAGACUGUGAGAGAGUGCUCGCGCGUGUGCUGAUUUAAAGCAACGAUGUUCGAGUGAUAGGCUGUUUUAAAACUCUGCAGCUGCAAUAAAAAAUAAAUAGAUAUCUUUACAAUUUAAAAACAAGGUGACACCCAAAAGCCAGAUGGAGAUGGGUAAAUUAGAUGCACAUUCGGUCUUUAUAUUAAUGUAGCAUAGGCUAUGCUGCAGCAAAUGUAGGCCUACCUAUAACAAGAAAAAAAGUUACCAUGAUGAGAUGAUAGGUCUACAUGCAUUGUGAACUGCGCUCCAUGCUGAGAUGGGCUGUCUGUCCCCACACUGAUAGUUGAUUCAUCAUGCAGAGGCUGUGGAGAAGCCCGAUUUAGACAUUGCAUAUAAUUUAACUGUUCCAUUUCACGUUGUUGUGGAAAUUCUACACAGAGACACUCAAAGUCAAUUGUUUAUUAUCAGAGCGCUGGUUCCAACCAACUCAGUACACAUGUUGAUCAGGAGCUCUUUCGGGGCAGUCCCGUUAGUUCUCUUAUAUACAGACAAGUUGUAUUUGCAUGAUUUAGCUUAUUCAUCAUUCUUAAUUAAUUCAUCAUUAACGUUUGCUUCAUUUAUGUGACGGAUCAAUACUGGGUCAUGCAUGGAACAGACCAAUACCUCACAAGGCUUUUUCUCUCUAAGCUGAGACCUUGAAACUGAGAUAUCUUUCGCUCUCAAAAUAAGGGUCUGGGCGUACUGCCAAAUUGCAGAUACUGAUAGUGAAGAUUUGUUCAAUCAGUCACUUGCAUGAACACAGAAAUUGGUUAUAAGAAAAGCACAUAGAAUAGAACACAGAAAUUGGUUAAUAGAAAAGCACAAACAUAAAACUUUCCAUCACAACGUCAUGCUGUUCAUAUAAAUAAUUUAUUAUAAUUUACCGGUUUCUCGCAGUUAUUUAUCCCGGGAAAAGGGAGCGCCUUUCAACCCUACCUGGCACCUACGACCAUACCCUGUUCAAAGGCACUUCAUAUUUUGUCCUGCCUGUUCACCCUCUGAAUGGCACACAUACACAAUCCAUGUCUCAAUUGUCUCAAGGCUUAAAAAUCCUUCUUUAACCUGUCUCCUCCCCUACACUGAUUGAAGUGGAUUUAACAAGUGACAUCAAUAAGGGAUCAUAGCUUUCACCUGGAUUCACCUGAUCAGUCUAUGUCAUUGAAAGAGUGUUUUGUACACUCAUUGUACACGUUGUAAUGAAAAAUAUAUAAAAUGAUAAAUAAUAAUCAAAUCAAAUUGUCAUAAUAAUAAAAUAAUAGAAAUAACAAUAUAAUGACAACAGUGGAUAGUAAUAUAAAAAUAGGAUAAAUAAUGUGGACAAUAAUAGACGAAACAUGAAAAAUAACAAGCUACUAUUAAUACUACUAAAAUGAAUGCUACCACAACUGUUAUUUAGACUAAUACCACAACUAUCCCUACAAUACCAUUACCACUACUAGGUAUCAUUACUACCACCAAUAUUUCUACCUACUACCUACUAACACUAUUACUACUAUUAUCAUCACCACUAUAUUAGUGCUAGAACUACUAUCAUCAUUACUACUACUACUACUACUACUACUACUACUACUACUACUACUACUACUACUACUACUACCAUUAAACUACUACCAUCAUAAUUACUACUACUACUACCACCACUACUACCAUUAAACUACUACCAUCAUCAUUACUACUACUACCACCAUUAAGCUACCACCAUUAAACUACUACCAUCAUCAUUACUACUACUACCACCACUACUACCAUUCAACUACUACCAUUAAACUACUACCAUCAUCAUUACUACUACUACCACCAUCACUACCACCAUUAAACUACUACCAUUACCAUUACCCCUACUACCCUUACCACUACCAUUUGGAUCACGGCAAUAAUAACAACAAUAAUAGCAAUAACAAUAAUAAUAUCAAAUGUUACUGCUUAUUGAUACAGAUUUAGUUACUCAGGCUAUGGCAGGCAAAUACAUAUUUGGCUGCAAGAGGAGCCAUUGCUCCUUCACUCAUGAGUAUUUUAAAAUGUUCCUCUGGGUUUAAUAAUGCUAUAUCUUUUUUUAUAAAUUGAGAAUGACUCUUGCUGAAUAAUAUUUUUUGCAAUGGAGGAGGAAGUGCAUCUCUGUCUCUACUUCCCUUUUGUGCAGUGACCACAUACACACUCUCUCUCUCUCUCUCUCUCUCUCUCUCUCUCUCUCUCUCUCUCUCGCUCUCUGAAGUGCAUCUCUGUCUCUACUUCCCCUGUCGUGCAGUGACCACAUAAAAGCUCUCUGAAGUGCAUCUCUGUCUCUACUUCCCCUGUCGUGCAGUGACCACAUAAAAGCUCUCUCUCUCUCUCUCUCUCUCUCUCUCUCUCUCUCUCUCUCUCUCUCCAUACUCAAGUUGUGUCAAGAUUGGCUCACAUUAUCUUAGGACUCACCUGUCCUCAGUGUAGUAUUGUCACAACCAGUGGUGCAGACAGACUUAUAUGGAGCUGUUUCAAUAUCACCUGGUCAUAAGAUCACCACAUUCUUGUCACAGCAGGUAUUACAGUAUUAGGGACUCACUGUGACCUCCACAGAAAACAAUAACACUGUGACCGUUCAUCUCUGUCUCCCCUGUCAGAUCAUCUUCAUGGUGGGCCGGGGGUACCUGUCUCCAGACCUCAGUAAGCUUUAUAAGAGCUGCCCCAAAGCCAUGAAGAGGCUGGUGGCUGACUGCAUCAAGAAAAUCAAAGACGAGAGGCCUCUGUUCCCCCAGGUACACCUGAGUGUUCUCUUUACAUUAUCUCUCCAUCUUUAUUUAGAACAUUUCUAAAAUGGCUGAAGUGGGUUGAUGGCACUGUACCAAAUGCCUCCACGUUUGCUAGGAGUGCUUCCAAUCUCCCCCUCUUUCUCUCCCUUUCCCUCUCUUCCAGAUCCUGUCGUCCAUCGAGCUGCUCCAGCACUCCCUGCCUAAGAUCAACCGCAGUACCUCAGAACCCUCCCUGCACAGAGCCUCCCACACCGAGGACAUCAAUGUCUUCACAUCAACCUAUAGCAGGCUGCCUGUGUUCUAGAACUGCAGUACCCAACCUGCCCCUCCUACCUGCUCCUGUUACAAAACAUACACACGUGUGCAUGAGUGUGCAUACACACACAUGCAGACACAUACGCAGACACACACAUGCAGACACACACACACACACACAGAUUGAAUAUCUAAGGCGUAGAGGAAGAGGACUGACUGGGGGGAAAGGUGACAGUGAAUGGGAUCAAUAUAGGAUUUCAGUCACUGAUUGAGUUGUGUCAGUGAAGGUUUUGGUGUGGAGAGCAGAGCAGAGAAAAACUACCCAUUGGGUUGGAGAAGAUGAUU